GCAGCAGCAGCAGCAGCUCGGUGUCAACCCGCUGACAAACGCGGCGUCAAAGCAGGACACUCGCGUUGUUUCUCACAGCGUUAGAGAUGCGGGCACUUGUAACUCACGUAACUCCUGAACUUUUACUCUUAAUUUGUUUCUAAAUCAAUGUAUUUAAAGUUUAAGUGUUGCUGACGCUGACCCUUUGCUAAACUUCCCACCUGGACCUCAUUAACGAACCUACGAACGACGUCAUCAUGAUCCCCGAAUGUCCACGCGCCGGGGAGCCGAAGAGCCGAUGCCGCGUCGUGUUCAGCUCCGCAGCCGAACCGAGCCGGAACCAGAAUAACGACCAGAGCCAGAACCAGAGCCAGAGCCAGAGCCAGAGCCAGAACCAGAACCAGAACCAGAGCCAGAGGCGCAUUGUCAACGGCUUGUUGAGCGGAAUUCAGACCACCAUCAGAAAAGAAACGUUCACCGACCACUUCACCAUCAUCCCCGGCAAAGAGCUCGGCAGGGGGAAAUUUGCCGUGGUCAGGAAAUGUGUGGAGAAAUGCACGGGGCACGAGUACGCUGCCAAGUUCAUGAGGAAGAGGAGGAAAGGCCAGGACUGCAGGAUGGACAUCAUCCAUGAGAUUGCAGUGCUGGAGCUGGCCUCAGUGAACCCCCGGGUGGUCAACCUCCACCAGGUCUACGAGAUGGCCUCUGAGAUGGUGCUGGUCCUGGAGUUCGCGGCUGGAGGUGAGAUCUUCAACCAGUGUGUGUCAGAGCGAGAGGAGGAGGCCUUCAGUGAGGAGGACGUGAAGAGGCUCAUGAGGCAGAUCCUGGAGGGAGUGACCUUCCUCCACCAGAACAACAUUGUUCACCUGGACCUGAAGCCACAGAACAUCCUGCUCACCAGCAGCUCUCCUCUGGGUGACAUCCAGAUCGUGGACUUCGGUCUGUCCAGGCUGGUCUGCAGCCACCAGGAGCUCAGAGAGAUCAUGGGAACUCCAGAGUAUGUUGCUCCUGAGAUUUUAAACUACGAGCCCAUAAGCACAGCAACAGACAUGUGGAGCGUCGGGGUUCUGGUCUACGUGAUGCUGACAGGAAUCUCUCCUUUCCUGGGUGACGACAAGCAGGAGACGUUUCUCAACAUCUCCCAGCUCAACGUGAGCUACAUGGAGGAGGAGCUGCAGCAUCUGGACCAGGCUGCUGUGUCCUUCAUGCAGACGCUGCUCUGCAAAAACCCACAGGAUCGAGCCACAGCAGAGCAGUGUCUUCAACAUCCCUGGCUUCAAACCUCCAAGUCUUUGAAAAGCCAGAUGACGGAGGAUAUCCCACCAGUGGAGGAGCAGCAGGUCUGCAGGAGCACCAGUGUUCCUGAGUCUCUCAGCAGGCCGACCACAGCGGAGGAGGAGGAGGAGGAGGAGCACCCAGUGACAGAGGAGCUGAUCGUUGUGACUGCUUACACUCUGGGUCAGUGCCGCCAGUCGUCCACCUCAGAGGAGGCGGCUCUGGCUGCUGAGCAGAAGGCCGCCGUGUCCAAGCGCUUUAAGUUUGACGAACCUUUCAGUGUCCUGCAGGAGGUUCCUGGAGAGUUCAUCUACUGACCACACGCACGCUCACGCACCACCACCCUUUUUCUCCACUAGUUGACGCCGUCACAGUAAAAAUCUGCAUGUAUGUGCAUUUUAAAUCAAAUGCUGUCACAGUUCAGUUUUAUUGAAGAGACUCUUUUUUUUCGUAUUUCUCCCACAAUGCAUCACUUCCAUCUCGUCCUAACAUGACUACAGUAUAGUCAAGUUCAUGUUUUUUAUUUGUCAGACAUGACACGGAAAACUGAUCAAAUCUUUGUCGUCAUCUUUUUCACCAACAAACAAACAAAGAAGCAGAGAGAGACUGAGGCUGAUCCAGGGUCAGGAUCAGGAUCAGGGUCAGGAUCAG